GAACUCCACCGGUGUUUAUAUUUAAGCCGCGCCGAGCGAACAAUUCAGUGCAAAAAUGAGCGACUUGUUUACUAUCAAAAGGAACGAAAAAGUGGGCCGAUUUGCCGUGGCAAGUCGGGCGCUUAAACCCGGCGAAUUAAUUUUCACCGAAACUCCAUUUGCUUAUGGACCAAAAUCGGAUUCACCUCCCUUGUGUCUGGGGUGCUUCGCACCCGUCGAUUGUACAGUUUUGUGUUCGCACUGUUCCUGGUCGGUGUGUGGCCCUGAGUGCGAGGCGAAGCCGAGCCAUCGAGACUUUGAAUGCGGUGUUUUCGCCUCCGCUGGAGUGAAAUUCCAGGCGGUCGAAGACCCGACAAACGUGUGUCUCCAAUAUGAGUGCAUCACGCCCCUGAGGGUGCUCCUGAUGAAGGAAAAAGACCCGAAACGCUGGCAGGAGGAGAUCGAGGCGAUGGAAAGCCACAACGACGUCCGCAAGACCAAGCCCAUUUGGGAGUUCAAUCAAGUGAAUAUUGUCGACUACCUCAAAGGGCCGUGUAAGUUGGACCGCUUCGCGGACGAGUUAAUUCACACCGUUUGUGGUAUUUUGGAAAUCAACGCGUUCGAGGCAAGGGCCAGUUCUGGUUACCUAAUCAGGUGUUUGUUCCCGAAGUUGGCGAUUUUGUCGCAUAAUUGCGUCUCAAACGUGCACCAUUCCGUCGACUGUGACACUUUUCAAGUCAGCGUUUCCGCCUCGGUGGAAGUUCCGGAAAGUGGCGAAUUGUUCAGUAGUUACACUUACUCGCUUUGGCCGACUCUCGUCCGGCGCGAGUUUUUGAAAGAGAGCAAGUAUUUCGAAUGCAUGUGCGACAGGUGCAAGGACAAGACCGAGCUAGGGACGCACUUGGGCACCCUCAAGUGCAACAAAUGCGACAAUGGGGUCAUCGUAAGCACUGACCCUCUCAGCUUCACCUGCGAGUGGAAAUGCACCCAUUGCGAGUUCAAAACCAGUGCAAUCGCCGUCCGAAAGGUCUACGAAGCGGUCCAGACCGAAAUAGACGCCGUGGAGAUGCUUUCGGGGCCUGAAGGGAUCGAACAACGCGAGGCUAUUUUUAGGAAGUACAGAUCGGUGUUUCAUCCGAAGAAUGCCUACAUGACCAUUCUGCGAACCUCCUUGUCGCAACUUUACGGCAGGGCUGAGGGUUACACUGUUGAGGAUUUGCCCGAUUUGUUGUUGGAACGCAAAGUGGAGCUUUGUAAUCAACUUUUGGAGGUUUUGGAUGUUGUCGAGCCAGGACAUUCGAGGAUUAGAGGCGUUACGUUGUACGAGUUGCAUGCGCCGUUGUUGAUCCUUGCCAGGAAUCAGUACACUUCGGGGAUGAUUGAUAAGGAACAGUUCAGGAAGAAGAUGGAGGAGGCUGUGGAGAUUUUGGGCAAGGCGGUGGAGAUUUUGAAGAUUGAGGUGCCUAAUUCGAAUGAGGGGCAGUUGGGGUUGGUGGCGCAACAGGCCUACGAGGGGUUGAAGCAGAAUUUUGAGUUGUUGAUAGAGACUGCAUAAUUUAUUUAUUUGUUGUUGUUGUUUUUAAUAAAUUUGUCGUGAAGUGUU